GCGAUUGGCGGUCGGUUAAUUCUGCUUUCCCGGCACAAUUAACCUGCCCCUCGGAAAAUUCAAUAGCUAAUACUGUAGCUAAUAACUGGGUAUGACAUUCGGAUCCCAUAAGUGGCCCAAAAGUUGAUGUUUUUAUCAUCUCCCAUCGGAUAACAGAAAACUGAAGAUAUCUCUCUUUCCCAUCCCUUCCCUCUUCUUCCCGCCCAAUUUCUUCCUACCCCUUCACAACCCUUCACAGCCCUUCCGUCCUGUCUGUCCACGAUGCUGCGCUCUCGAGUCUCCAAAAAAAGGGGGAUAGGGGCACAGCGCGCAAUCAACUUCAAUGCUUCAACCACCAUCUUCCCACACCACAUUCCUUCCUACCCACCUACGAAACCCCAUCCAAUGCCAAUUUUCCCGGGGUCAUAGGCGAGGGAAACAAUACCCGGGCAGGGCAUCCGUAGCAAUGAAUGGAAGAGCGACAACGGAGGAGGGAGUGAAGGGGGAAGGAGAGCAGGUGACAGAGGGAUAUCCGUUGAUACGGAAGGAUUGUUUAUGGUAUUGGGGAGAAUCGGGACGCAGAGGGGAGUAUGAAAGUUUGAACUUGACGGCGAUGCAGCGAAGAGGGAGCGGUUGAGGGCUCAAGUGCUCGCUUUGUCGAUUGCCGCUGUUGGGGGGUUGUGGGGAAUUGUCGGGAGGAAUCAUAAGGAGGCGGAGAGGUAGCUAGUGGGCCCUCUGAUGGGGGAAGGCAUUGGAGAAGGUUUUAUGGGUGAUGGUUCUCACGAUGCAUUGGUUGGGCGAUUGAUCUCGAGCGGGUCGUACCGGCGAAGCUUAAAGCUAUUACGUGAUCACCGUGACGGACGGAGGAUGAAACCAGCAAACGAAUCGAUCCUGGGCCCCUGUGAGGAAUUCUGGAAGGAGGGGAGAGCGGAGGAUUCUUCUGGUAUAUCGUUUCCCAUUCUUGUUGGAUUUCAUUCCGGGUUUCUAGGGACAUUAUUAUACUGCUAUGAGUAAGCGCUGGGUUCGAAGGUUUUAGUGGACGAAUAAGUUAAGUUGUACCUUAAUUAUCAUUAUACCCAAAAAAAAACCUGGUGCUAUAAGUAAUAUCCAAAAAAUUUUCUCCUAGUUUAUAUCACGAUUUUGCAUGAAGAAAAUUGCUUCCGGUGAUGAUUAAUUCAUGGCGGCGAGAAAUACUGAGGAAGCAAAAUGGGUUGUCAGCACCUGCCAUGUGCAAGUCCUCCUUAAACUCCUCGGUUGACUCGCUCGCGGUUAUGAAAUACGACCCUGGCCUUGGCUUUCUUCGAAAACAGCAAGACCCCAGCAAACAAAACAUACAAGCAAACAAUCUUACCCUGUCAGUCACUUUGGCCGCCGUCUUACCCUUCUCCGAGCCUCCUUACCCUAAUGGUCUCCCAUCUCCAUACUACGCCCCCUUGCAUCACCGCUGGCAAAAGGCUUGUUGCGCGUUCAUUAGCGAGAACCUCACCGCGAACGCCUUGGAAUGGGAGCGGGAGGAGUUGGUUCCCCCAGAGAUCUUCAGCAAGUUUGCUGCAGCAAAUUUCCUCCUGCCGAGCCUUCCUGCUCCGCUGCUGAUCGAGUGGGCUAAGCAGCUGGGUUUGGACAUACUCGCAAGAGGUCUAAAAGUGGAGGAGUUUGAUUAUCUGCACUUUUUAAUUUACAGUGAUGAGAUGACGGGGAACGGGCUGUCUGGUCCUGGUGCCUCGCUUACGACCGGGAUAACAUUCGGGGUUCCGCCGAUAUUAAAGUUUGGGAGCAAGCAAUUGCUGGAGAGAUUUAUCCCGGAUUUGCUCAUGGGGCGGGCGCGAAGCUGCAUUGUGAUUACGGAACCGGGGACCGGGAGUGACGUAGCCGGGAUUGAGAGAACGGCUGUGAAGUCAGCGGAUGAGAAGGAGUACAUCGUUAAUGGAUCAAAGAAAUGGAUCACGAACGGGAUCUGGGCAGACUUCGUUACAACAGCCGUGCUCACCGGCGGCCCAUGGCCUUCAGGUCUCUCAUUACUCCUCAUCCCACUGAAGAACAACCUGUCCAUCAUCAUCCGCAAGUUGGUUAUCAUGGGCCUUGCUGCCUCCGGCACCACAUACAUAGAGUUCGAUGACACCCAUGUCCCAGUCGAAAAUCUCAUUGGCAUAGAGGGCAUGGGUAUCCGCUGCAUAAUGACAAACUUCAACCACGAACUCUUAACCACCGCCAUCGGCGUAACGAGGCAAGCGCGUGUCGCCGUAAGCACAGCAUUGGAAUACGUCCUCAAACGCGAGGCAUUUGGAAAGGCGCUUGUAGAGCAGCCGGUCGUUAGGCAUCGACUCGCGAAGGUCGGAGCUAUGGUUGAGAGCAUGUGGGCGUGGGUUGAAUAG